CUCACGAAAAUACUCUUUGGGAAGAGCUACUGGCCGCCAAAUUUGAAAUAUCUGUCGCCUUUACGUUUGAAAAAUCAAUAUAUUUCACAAAAAAUAAUUGACACAAUUUGAUUGAGUUUCAGUUUUAUGAUCAGAACACGCUCGAUUUUUAGAGCCACAGUCAGCUGUAGCUGCCAAUAUCAUAAUACAAUUAAAUUGAAUAUGAAGCGUGUUAAGCUAUCACAAACCAAAGAUGAGAUGCCCACACUGGGCUUAGGAACGUGGCAGGCUGAACCAGCUAUUGUUAGAUUUACAGUAUAUGCUGCUCUGGAUCUGGGAUAUAGGCAUAUUGAUACAGCAUUUAAUUACAAUAAUGAAGAAGCGAUUGGCAAUGCUAUAACCAAAUGGAUUGAUGAUGGAAAAGGAACACGAAACGAGUUGUUCAUUACAACUAAGCUGCCACAUAUUGCUAAUAGGGCUUCGGAUGUCGAUAAAUUCGUAAUUCAUCAACUACAACGCUUGCAAACGUCUUAUAUAGACUUAUAUCUCAUACAUGUACCCUUUGGUUUCCAUUGUGAUCCUGAAACACUUACACCCAAAGUUAAUCCGGAUGGGAAUUAUGCGUUGGAUAUGGAAACAGAUCAUAUAGCGAUCUGGAGGAAAUUGGAGCAGUUCCAAAAAUCAGGUUUCAUUCGCAACAUUGGUUUAUCUAAUUUUAAUGAGCAACAAAUAGAGAAAAUAAUGAAACAUGCGACAUUUAAACCACAGGUGUUGCAAGUAGAACUUCACGCCUAUUUCCAGCAAAAGGAAUUGCGGGAAUUUUGUGAACAACACGACAUCAUUUUAACUGCAUAUGCCCCUCUGGGAAGCCCUGGAGCUAAAAACCACUUUGUCACCAAAUAUAAAUACAGCCCCAGUACUUUCCCUGAUUUGCUGCAUUUACUGGAAGUGGGCACAUUGGCCAAAAAAUAUAAGAAGACACCUGCACAAAUAUUGCUUCACUUUUUGGUUAAACAAAAUAUUGUUGUCAUUCCAAAGAGUACCAAUUUGGACAGAUUAAGGGAAAAUAUGAAUAUUUACGAUUUUGAAUUGACACAAGAAGAAAUGAAUAUCCUGUAUGAGUUAGACAAGGGAGAAGAAGGAAGGAUUUUCAACUUUUUGUUCUGGAAAGGAGUGGAACUUCAUCCUGAAUAUCCGUUCACGAAAGUAAAAGAGCGACUAGUGAAAGAUGAUGUUUAGCACGCUACACGCUUGUCGUGUACCUAGUCAGUCAGUCUUUGCUUUCCAACUUCACAAGCUCGCGUGAAUUUAAAUUAAAAGUUUGAGCACCAACUAAUGCAAUUUGCUGAUAUCCACUUUUAGCUUUAAUAGUUCACAUGAUCAGUUAUAAACUGAUUAAAAUAUUUGUUAUUUGCUUCAAGCAAAGUAUUAUUUAUUAAAAUCUGUGGUCUGUUUAUGAUCAUGAAUAAAAAUGUUUAAAAAUAAA